GGCCACGACUCGAGGCGAAGUGUUGCACACUGACUCAAUCUGAUAGUGAGGCGUUGGGAUGAGAUUCUGCUAGAUUGCCGUCAAUUCUAGGCUUGUCCAGUGUACUUAUCACGAAUAAAGAAGUCAGCAGCUAUCAUGGCUUUAAAGAGAAUUACCAAGGAAUAUAAAGAUAUUGAAAGAGAUCCUCCUGCGCAAUGUUCAGCUGGACCUGUUGGAGAUGAUAUGUUUCAUUGGCAAGCAACCAUAAUGGGGCCUCCUGAAAGUCCAUACCAAGGAGGAGUGUUUUUUUUAACAAUACACUUUCCAACAGAUUAUCCAUUUAAACCCCCAAAGGUUGCAUUCACAACCAAAAUUUACCAUCCAAAUAUAAACAGCAAUGGUAGUAUUUGUCUUGAUAUACUAAGGUCACAGUGGAGUCCGGCUUUAACUAUUUCAAAAGUACUGCUUUCCAUAUGCUCUUUGCUCUGUGACCCAAACCCUGACGACCCAUUAGUACCGGAGAUAGCAAGGACAUUUAAAACGGAUAGAGGCAAGUACACAGAAACUGCAAAAGAGUGGACCAAGAAAUAUGCAAUGUGACAUGGACAAGGUCGGUAUUUAGCAUAUCAAAUCACUGUGCGUUAUCAUACCUAAAAGCAGAGUGAUAACGUAAAUUUUGCUAUUUUAGGCAGAUUCAAAAGCUUUAAAAACUUCUUGAUGUAAUUCAAACAGAAAAGUCGAAGAUUUGUUGAUUGUAAAUACCCUUUGUUAGGUAACCUGUCCCUUUUCUGUCUUUCCUGUUCUGUUAUAAAACCAAAGCAAGAGAUAGUUCUCACGAUGUACUACCUUAUGAAAUCAUGUUAGUAUAGGGCAAAUUAGUGCUAGGUAACUCAAAGUCCCUUCUAUUGCUUUUACUCACAAAAGAGAGAAUAAAGUAAAAUGUCCACUAUUGCACCCUCUUUCAAAUUUAUUAUCACAAUUUAUUGCAUUUUCUUCACUGCUCGCACCCAGAACAUAUCACCUUCUGUUUUUUUGUGAAAUAAAAAUGCAUCUGCCUUACCUGAUAUGUUUGGUCAUGUCAUAUUUGUUUGAUCAAACCAUAAAAAUGACAGUGAAAAACAUUAUCAUACCUAAUAAUUGCUCCUUAAGAAAGCCCAUAAGGCUAAGGUUGUUUUAUGUAGCAGUUUUAAACUGUGUCAGUGACUAUUUACACUGUUGUAUUUUGUCAAGGCAUUUUCUUCGAGUUGUUUACUCUGUCCAGUGAUAAGUAGGUUAGUCGUGAGAGCAGCCCCUGGCAAAAGCCUUGCCUCUAAGUUGCAUUAUUUUGUUUAUUGUAAUGCUUAAUCUUCCUUGUUAUAAACUGCACAAAUGUUUGGAUGUACGUCAUUGUCCUGGUAAUCUUUGAAUGUCUUGUUUGAUAUCUCUUAUUCA